UCCCCAUUCCCACGUUCUUCUUCCGUUACCAGUUCUUUUUGUUUUCAAAUCACAGAUAUAAAUAAUUAAGUUAAACAAUAAAAUAAAUGUUAGUCAUAAUUCUUCAGAAAAAAUGAAGUAUUAAGAAAAAAAUUAUAUUUGAUAGUGAGUAUAUUUUUUACUUGCAAUAUAAAUACGAUCCUGUGUUUAAAUAUUCAUGAAAGUAAUGCUGAAAUGUUGUUGUAAGUCUCGUAUAGUAUUUAUUGUAAGCCAUAGAAACCGUCAGAAAUUUUAUUUUUUAAGUACAUUAUCUUAGAUGUUAAAACGAAAAGUAAAAACAAACUUCAACAUGUCAAAAUUGACAGUUGUGAAAGUAGCACCUAUUGAUGGCUCAAUGGAGCAGAACAAUAAAAACAUUGAAAGGAUGGAUUCUUCACCUACAAAAAGUCAAGAUGAUGUAACUAGAAAGUCGAUUUUUACCGAAUUUGCUGAAACCACCACUGCUCAUGGCUUCUCUAAUAUAGUGCUAACAGGUGCGCUUUCAAUCAAGAUCAUUUGGAUUUUUGUCAUUAUUGGAUGUCAGACUUGUUUAUUGUUUCAAGUCAUUCCUCUUGUUACUACGUACUUAAACAAACCAGUCAGUCAAACUUUAACAAUGAAACAAUUUGAGAAUCUCACCUUUCCAGUCGUCACCAUUUGCAACUCAAAUAUGGUCAAGUGGUCAAUGUAUGAUAAUUUUGUCUUUGAUGCUAACAAAUCUACUUUUCCUGAAUACAAUUAUUCUGAGACUGAAAUGGAGACGGACUCGGAAUUCUUAGAAAAAGCCAUUAAGGAUGAUACAUUUCGUAAGGAAAUGGCUAUUCUUGCUUUAUCUGAAGGCGAAGGAAUAUCUAAAUAUGGCCACACUUUUGAUGAUUUGGUAAUGGAAUGCAAAUGGAAAAAAAUUUACAAUUGCAACAAAAGAAAAUUCUGGCGUCACUUUUGGCACUGGCGACAUGGGAAUUGUUUUUCUUUCAACACUGGUAAUAUAUCACGACAAGUAACUAAAGCCGGUGCCUAUGAAGGACUUUCUCUGAAGAUAAAUUUGCAGGAAGAUGAAUUUCUUAGCAACACGGAAUCUGCUGGAUUAAUCCUCCACGUGGGAGAAAAAGGUAGAUACAUUGACUUAGAGUCAGAGGGAUAUAAUAUUUCUCCUGGUUCCGUGUACUCUGCUAUAAUUCACCAAACGCAAACGCGAAGAGUCGAUCCAUUUAACAACUUAAGCUGUAUACCUCAUUAUAGCAUGAAUCUAGGUGAAUUUCCGAAUGGCAUACGCGAUGUUGAUAAAUAUUCUACUGAGUUGUGCUUUAAAGUUUGUGCGUCAAAAGAAAUGAUAAGACAGUGUAAUUGUACAAGUUAUACCGUCCCUUCUCUUUCCAGCUUAAAUAUUUGUAAUAGCUCGCACGAGACUCAAUGCGCCAUUGAGAUUCAAAAAGCCGUGACUAAUAAAUCCAUGACAUGCGCUAAAGACUGCAGGUUACCAUGUGAACAUAUGUCUUUUACACUUGACAUCACUGGAAGCCGUUACUCGAAACGGGUUAUUCAUAAAGCGGACACGUUGAGCAUAAAUAUGAACUUUAACAAAUUUGAAUUGUUCGUUGUAGAAGAAAAUGUGCCUUAUAAAAUUGAGAAUUUACUUUCAGAUAUCGGAGGUCAGCUCGGCUUAUGGUCAGGAUUUUCUGUUAUUACAUGUGUUGAGGUUAUAUUUCUUUUUGUUCAUGCAUUCGACGCGUUCAUGAAAAAGUGCGGGUUGUAUUAAAGAAAAGAAUAAAAACGAGGAAGCAAAUAAAUAAAUUACUUACAGCUAAAACUAAAUAACAACCGCUACUACGAAUCACCUGGUACGAACAGAUUGAAGGAACUGCUAAUUUGUGCAUCAUUAUGUUGAAAAAUUGUAAAUAAAAUAUUGAUGAUAGUGUAUAGAUAAUUUAUUUUGAUGCAGUGUACAGAACACGCAUACAGCAAUUAAACACGUAUACCUUUUUUUGUUGUGAUUGAUUAGUGUUCCACGAUUUUUAAUGUGUACUUUCUUGUUACUGAGAAUAUUUCUGUUAACUCGUAAAGACGCAUGUAGUUGCACCUAAUAUAAUGACGAGAAUGAGGAAUUGUUUUUUUAUUUUAUUCCUUCUAUUAUCCGGUUGAUUAUCAAGUGGCGUCUCUUUAUGCGAAAUCUUGGAUCAGGCGAUCGUUAAAGACCGUACAAAGAAUAUGAACAUAAAUGUUCGACUUUUCCUAAUUUGUUAAAGAGUUUGUUAUCGCAAGAAAUUAUUUUGAUUCUUUAGCUGGUUGUACUUAUAUCUCGAAAGUAGCCAAUACUGUCCAUAAAGUUACUUUUUUCUAAAUAUUUUUGUCAAUGCUGGGUAUAUGCUUUAACGUUACAUAAAACAAAACAUUUUCGACAUUCUGGCAGGUGAAUUAUCAAAUGUUUUCUCUGGUGUGCCAAAUCCAACUAUGGCAGUACUUUUACGCCCAUAACAUACGCCCCUCCACUUUUAUUUCUUUGUUGAUGGUUCUGCUUUUUUAAUUUACGAUUAUUGGUUUCCAAAUAGGAGAUUUUUUAAUUCAGCUCAGGUAUUUUUUUUUUCUAAAUGCUCCUUUUUUUGGAAUAUUAUUAUUUUUUAAAUUGACAGAAAGCACCAAUUAUUCAGCACUACGCAUUCAGUAGGUUGCAAAAUUUGCCAGACAUGCAGACCAGCUAAACUGCGUAUAAAAUUUACUAGAUCGCACUUUAUAACCUGUACCCAUUACAAAGGAGUGUACAUAAGGCCAAAAAUCAAGAUAUUUGCUAUGUAGGUGUAGCUGACAUCAGGGACAACCAGCACCUAAGUCAUUUGAACUUUGAAAUUUUUGUUGUGACCUCGGAUGAAGUGAUGACAUACUUUUUGAUUGAAUAAGUUGUAAAAAUAUUUUGAGGUGAUAUGAUUUUUUACUAUUACGAAGCGUUGUUAGUUUUCUUUGUUUUUAUAUUUUGCAGACCUCCACCUCCUUCUGAGUUGAAAUGUAUAUCACAUCACUUAUUUAUAUCAGGCUGUGGUUACGUGGGACGUCAUUCCAAGACAUGUAAUGUGGAGCUAUCAAUCAAUCAAGCAGAAAUAAUGGCAAAUCGAUUAAGUCGGAAUAUCAUUUAAUGACACUGGAAGCACUUUUCAUUCGGGGAAAAAAGCCUAAAAUAAACACAAAGGACGAGUUUAAAAACCGUGAAUUAGUAAUAAAAGUUUAAUUAUGACUUAUCCCUCAUGGGAGUUUUAAUCAUUUAAUA